CCCCACACCACUUCCUGGUUGAGUUGAGAAGAAACUCACUGCACAUUCAUCGAUGGGGUAACGGUGCCUCAGUUGUUUCAGCUAGAGACCCACAGCAAAUCCUCACUUGCAGACUGGCCCUCAAGUACAACUGCAGACAUGGUGGGCUAUUGUCCAAUUUGUGGGAAACCUGUCUACUUUGGUGAGAAGAAGCGCUCCUUGGGCAGGGACUAUCACCCACUCUGUCUGAAAUGUCAGCAGUGUAAAAGACAGCUGACACCGGGUCAGCACGCUGAGCACGACGAGAAGCCCUAUUGCACCCAUUGCUACCUGAAGCAGUUUGGACCAAGAGGUAACAGACAAGUAGUGCCCCAUCCCUGUCCCAGUGCCGCCUCUUCUUAAAAGACAAUAAUGCCCACCCCCAACGCACGGCACCCUGGGUAGAGGACGGACUGCAACAUCGGUUACCACUUUGUCGUGGGGUCGGAAGAGUCUGACGUCACCGAAGCCAGAGGACGAGGGGUCUGCAGCUCAGGGUGGGAUUGUGGAGCCUGUGUAACAGUCACAGCCCUGGCUCCGUGGCCAUAGCAGGGGGGAAACUCUGUGUGAGAGAUAUAGAUCCAGAGGAGCAGUGUAUUCACAAUAACCUAACCUAGAUCACAAUCAGUGUAUUCUUUGUAGGGGGUUUUUUUCAGUCAAGAAUUAAACUCAUUCAUUAACCUACUUAGGCAUGUUUUAUCAGGCUCCAUUUUAGAGCCAGGCACAGUUUCUGAGCUAAAAUGGCAGCCUGUAGCCGGUUUUCUUUAGUUUGUUACAUUUGAAAACAUGAUUUUGCUGAUUUUGUUUAGAUUUGGUGUUUGUUGGUUCUUUUUUUAUAUGUGUGGAAAAACUUUUUUGUUGUCCGAGGGCCGCGGCCAUGCUCACCAUGGGUACCAAACCCAUUUUUCAACGUGUCAGUAUUUUUCCCAGAAUUUCCCAUUUGACAUAUACUGUGAAAUACUAGGCUUUGUUUGCAUGACUGCAAACUGUUUAUUAUGGCUCCAUUCUCAGCCUUGUCUCAAUUCCUCCACAACACACAUUUGGCUAAAUAUUUUACAGCUUUCCAUAUUCAUUCAUAAAAUUUGCACCUUCAUCGCUUUGGGUCAGAGGCCCGACCUCUUACGGUCCCCACAGUUCAUGGUCACCCCUAUGUUGCAUGAAUCAAUACCUCGUAAGAAGCAUGGACACCAAUGGCAGGUUUUUAACCCUCCUAUUAUGUUUGGGGUAAAUUUCUGUGUUUAUUUCAACUGUUGGGCUCAAUUUUACACCAAACGUAAAAUUAUGAAACAUAAACAUAAAAUCAUGACAUAAUAGGAGGGCUAAAUGUUUUACUAUCAGAAUCCAGUAAUUCAGUUCUAAUUUUAUGCCACAUUUUUUUGUUGCCUUUGUUUGUGUUAAAACCUGAAGCUUGCCUGCAACCUGGAGAGCAGUGUUUCCCAACCCAGUCCUGCAACCUUGAGCACUGUGUUUCCCAACCCAGUCCUGAAGUACCCCGAGUCCUGCACAUUUUUGUUCCAGCUUGUCUCUUCGAUUCCACAAAGAGAUGCUGACUGGUUGAGGGGUAAACACCCACCUGGGGCACAUUCAAUCGGAAAACGUUUCGCUACGUUUUUGGGAUGGCUUCCUGGUUGAACGAUGCAGUUCCUCCCAACAGCGCACAAUGUUUUGCGACUGGCUUUGAGAUAUGUUUGUUCCUGUUCGGUGGGUAGCCCCAGGCUACAUAUCCUGUUCGGCGAUGUAGCCCGGAUCGAUAACGCAUUCGCUUCACAGUCUGGUGAGGUUCAGAAUAGCCUUCUCAGAUGCCAUGGUAGCAAACUAUACCUAUGUCAGUCAGUCCACCCACAGUUUGCGACAGGAUGUACAACGUGCCACCAUUUCCGUUUAAAUAAACGUUCUGCUGGCCUGAUUCAAUGGGCCUGGUAAACAUACCCACCUCGACAGAUGAAAAUGUAUUUGAUGGUGUAUGUCAGGGUUGGGGCGUAUGUGAGGAUUGGGUUGGGAAACACUGCUCUCGUGAAUAAAUGUGGCUGUUGAGGUCUUGACGAACAUCCAAGAAAUUAUUUACAUUGAUACUUAACAAGUAUCUAAUUUUGAAUACAAUGUAAAACCAUAUUCAAAUGUGCAUAUUAUAUGUAGGUGUGAUAAAAUAAUUGUUUGUUUCUCCCUUUCCUACUCUCUCACUGUUUAUCUGUAUCUAUCUCUGCCCUUUGAAUGGUGAAUGGAUCAAAUAACAUUUGAAAUGAUGGAGAGUAAAACCUUGAUGCUUUGUGCCACUG